AUGAAAUCGGCAGUCCUUACUCUCUUUAGCUUAUUAUCCGUGGCUGCCGCUACUCCGGCGAGCAAACUCUUUGCGCGCCACAAUGAGUGCGAGUAUUCCGGGAUCUCUGGUGGUGUUCGAUUCCAAGGAACAUGCAAAACUGAUGGUGGUGCUGGUGUAUGUACGCUAAACGGGCUGUCUGGCACUUGGGGUUGCGACUACAAGUGGCACAACAACGCCGGCAUGACGGCCUGUGGGAACGCAGCCGACUCCCAAUAUGCUGUAGGUGGCGCCUUCUUGCCAAUUCGGGUUUUGUUGUUAACAGGAAUGUUCAGUGCAAAUCAAAUGGCUCCCCUUGCUGGGCUUACUCCUACGCGGAGGACUCUGGAAGUAUCGUGGUUCACUGCACGAACAAAUGAUGCACUGCCGUCCGCAACGCUUGAAAUGGACCCAUAA